AUGGCAACUAAACUGGUUAACGCGACGACUGGCGGUCAGCAUGGGGCGGGCUAUGCAUGUAUGAACUUACGUCACACGAAGAGCUGCGAAAUCCCCCGCGGCGUCUACGAAGUCAACACCGGCUCCGUUCACGCUGCAACAACCGAAAAGUCGUCUAUUUCCACACUUUCCAUCGCGACUUCGGCGCAGCCUGGCGCGUCGUCUCGUCGGUAUAUUUACUCUGUGACCGUCGCAAAGCCGACGCGGUCCGGCCCCACCGCUUUCAGAGCAACCGCGGGCUGCGAGAGCGCUAGUUUCGAGUUGGGGCCGAAG